AUGAGAAUAAUUCUCUUUUUACUCCUAUUUGCUGGUAGCGAUGCCGCAGAAAACAUUAUGCAAAGAAUUGACAAAGCAAUGAGCGAAAUCUCCACGACCCUGAACAAGGCUGACCUUGUCGCCACUUACGAGAUGACUCAUGCACAUGAAGGAGGUGUCGAGAAGGAACUUAAGCUGAAUCCACAGCAACAGGAAGCCUUGCAAAAUCUCGAAGCGCAAGCGUUAUCAUUACAUCGAGAUGAACCACAACGUAGUGAAGGUAUUGCCGGAAGUAUCGACGCUAUCAACCGUCACACACCAUUGGGAGAGUUCUUGUAUCAGGGCGACAUUGUCCUGGACAUUGAACAAGCCCGCAUUAUUGCCGCGCAAGAAGAAAAAGAAGAAAUAAGCAGAGAAAAACGUCAGGCGAUGAAUUUCAAAGUAGGGUCAAAGAAAUACAAGUGGCCAAAUGCAACAGUGACAUACGCAAUCCAAUUUGGAGUAGAUAAAGACACAAAGGAAGUAUUCCAUAAAGCGGCAAAUCAGUGGCAGAGCCACACUUGUGUCAAUUUCGUUGAGGAUCGUAGCGCGAAGGAACGCGUGGAGCUGGUGGAAGAAAGUGGCUGCUUCUCGAAUAUGGGAUAUUUGGGCAAAAUACAAAAGCUUUCCCUGGGAUAUGGAUGCGAUAAGGUAUUCAAAUAAUA